AUUGGUAGUUUUAGAACUGAAAAAAACGUUGACAAAGAAUGUCUCUAUUUUGAUUGGGUAAUUUUACUUGUGCGAUGUUCGAGUAGCCAGUUUGAGCGUCAUAAACUUAGUGCCACAACAUGGAGGAGACUAGCCUUCAUGAUCUAGUGCAAAGAGCAGCACACAUCCAUAGUGACAAGAUAGCCGUCUGCUUUGAUGACUGCAGUGGUGCCACCCCUGUAUAUAUAUCGUACAAUGAAGUCAUUAAUGGUGCUCGAGAAUUGACCAGCCUCUUAAACAUUCAAUGUGACAUAAACAACAGAAGUGUUUUUGGUCUAUAUUGCCAACCUGGAAUAAAUCUUGCAAGUUGGAUUUUGGGUAUUCUCCAGGUACCAGCAGCCUAUGUUCCUGUUGACCCAGAAGCUCCUCCUCAUCUCUCAGCACAUGUUAUGAUGCAGUGUUGUUUGAGAUAUAUUCUGAUUCAGAGGGAUUUUGAUUUGACUAAGAAAUUUCUGAAUUCAUUUUCCACCUGGUUACACUGUGACGCUGAGGUAGUGUUACAGAAUCAAAACCUAACCCUUUUGAAGUUGCAGUGGAGAGAAACACAUAACCUGGGGACAGCAAAUGAACUUCAAGAUAGGGCGACUGAAGGACAACAGCAAGAUACACAAACCAGCAAAGUGGAUCCCUCUGAGCCAUCUGUCUCUGUUGAGCAAAUUGAUAGCAGAGUUCCAGGCUGUCUAGCCUAUGUCCUGCACACAUCAGGGACAACAGGACUUCCCAAAAUUGUCAGAGUGCCUCACAGGUGUAUUGUGCCAAACAUUUUGCACUUAAGGGCUAUGUUUCAGAUCACUCCUGAGGAUGUUUUAUUCAUGGCUUCUCCUUUGACUUUUGACCCUUCUGUUGUUGAAUUGUUUGUCACUUUGUCUUCUGGAGCCUCUUUGCUGAUUAUACCAUCAGUUGUUAAAAUGAUGCCAACUAAGCUUGCUGCUGUUCUAUUUAAUCAUCACAGAGUUUCAGUCAUGCAGGCUACACCAACACUAGUGAGACAGUUUGGAACAAGUCUCCUAAACUCAACAGUACUAUCUGCUAGCACCUCAUUACGGAUCCUAGCUCUGGGUGGAGAGGCCUUUCCAACCCUGGCUGUCCUCAAAAACUGGAGAGCAAAGGGGAACAAGACCCAGUUUUUUAACCUCUACGGCAUUACAGAAGUGUCAAGCUGGGCAACCUGUUACAUGAUUCCUGACGACAUUAUUGAUAGUACCUCCAGAUCUGAAGAUCCUAUUCCAUUGGGGACACCAUUGCUUGGAACAACAGUGGAAGUUAGAGAUCUAAAUGGGUCCUUGAUCAAACAAGGGGAAGGAAAGAUAUUUAUAGGAGGAAGAGAGAGGCUGUGUUUCAUUGGUAAUGAAGUAACUAUGCCCUACGGAACAAUGCGAGAAACUGGGGAUUGGGUAGUGCUGAAAGAAUCAAAUGUAUACUACAUGGGGCGUAAAGACAGCCAUAUCAAACGGCAUGGCAAGCGCCUCAAUCUUGAGACAGUGCAACAGAUAGUUGAAAGCCUGAGCACAGUGGAAGCUUGUGCUGUGACUUACUAUAAAGAACACAAAUUAAUCCUCUUUGUAGUUACUGCCUCUCAGUGUGCUGAUGGUGAUAAGGACAUUUUUCUAGAACUUGUGAAAUUUCUGCCUGCUCAUGCCAUGCCAGAUAAACUUGUGAUGGUUGAAUCUUUACCUUUUACAGCUCACGGUAAAGUGAACAUGAAGGAGUUGGUAAAGGUUUAUGAAAAGCAAAUGGAAGCCCUAAAGUUGCAUAGUGGUCCUCAAGGAAAAGAGGAACUGUGGGCAUGUUUACUGGUUCUUUGGAAGGCUGUUCUCAACCUCCCAGCAGAUGCCAUGAUUCUCCCAGAAUCAGCCUUUCUGUUCAGCGGUGGAGACUCAUUAAAAUCUCUCAGGCUUUCUGAAGAAAUUGAGGCAAUGGUUGGGAGGACACUACCUGAACUAAUGGAAGUUAUCCUAAAUGGGUCAAUUUUAGAUCUUUACAAUCAAAUUGCUAAUUUGACAUUCUCUAGUAACGAUAAAGAAACUACUGAAGUAAAUUUGAAACAAGAAUUGAACAAGGAAUUUUCUUCUGUAGAAGUUCAAAAAAGGACCGUGUCGCAUAGUUACAAAGAGAAAGCAGUGAGCUUUACUUCUAUGUGCAGAGGAGGUCUGGUUUUCAAAUCAGAUGUAGAUGUUCCUAACAGAAACUCUACAGCAUUGCUCAGCCUUAAACACGUAGAACCUAGAGGACAUUCUGACAUCACACAUCAGCAUGUUAAUAAGGCACCCGCAGGCUCAACGGUCCAUCAGGUGGAGAGCGCUGAUCCCCUUUGUCCUGCAGAGGGUCAUUUGUUUCAAAAGGAUUUAGCAGGGGAAGGGGGGUUAAUGCUGAAGAUGAGAUGGAAGUCAGACACGGGGAAGUGUGUCGAUGCAUCCCCACUUCUGCUGAUAUCCGGUGCUGGGGAAGCCUCUGCCACAGUCUACAUUGGAUCACACUCUCACAGGAUGCAGGCAAUUGACUUGUGCUCAGGAAUGAUAAAGUGGGAGCGUGUGCUUGGAGAUAGGAUUGAGUCUUCAGCCACAGUGACCAAAUGUGGAAACUUUAUUGUUGUUGGUUGUUAUGAUAGUUUGGUAUAUGUUCUAAGAGCAAGUGAUGGAAAAACCUACUGGACAUUUAGCACGGGCAACUCAGUUAAAAGCUGUGCAACUGUGGAUCCUGAAUCUGGGUUGGUGUUUAUUGGAUCACAUGACCAUCAUACCUAUGCAUUAGACAUAGAGACAAAGCAGUGUGUUUGGAAGCAACACUGUGGUGGAGGUGCAGUCUUCUCUUCUCCAUUUCUGAACUCCUCACCACGGCAGCUGUACAUUGCAACACUAGGUUCACAGCUACUAGCAAUAAACCCAGACAAUGGGGACAUUCUCUGGAAACAUUCCAGCGACAAGCCUUUCUUCUCCUCCCCUCAGUGCACUCAGAGGGCAGUUUUCAUUGGCUCUGUUGAUGGGAAUGUUUAUUGUUUCAGCCAUACUGGCAAAAAGCUUUGGCAGUUUUCCACCAAUGGACCAAUAUUCUCAUCUCCAUGCAUCGACAAUUCCUCUUUAGCUGAUCAGAAACUGGUGUGUGGAUCGCAUGACAAUUAUGUUUACUGCUUAAAAGCUGGCAGUGAAUUGCUGUGGAAGUUUAAAACUAGUGCAAAAGUUUACUCAACCCCGUUCAUUUUCAGUGACCAUCACGUAGGCAGUAGAUCACUGGUGGCAGUAAUGUCAACAGAUGGGAAACUGUGGAUUCUCGAUUCUGAGAGUGGGGUGUUGAAAACAUCUUAUUCAUUUCCAGGAGAGACUUUUUCUUCCCCGGUUGUAUGGGGAAGAACCUUGAUUGUUGGCUGCAGAAAUAAUUUUGUUUACUGCUUGGAACUGUCUGGAACUGAUUGAGAAGAACAGAUGGCAAGCUAUGUUGCUUGUCUUAGGUGUAUCUUAAAUCCAACUUACACAGUAAAACAUGCCUAUAUUGUCACCUGCCUUGACCAGUCAGUAAAUCCAGGAAGAUUUGUGUUUCACUAGUACAAGUAAAUUACCAAAACACAUUGAAUAAACACCUAAGCAAACACAAAUUACUUUUUGGUGACAGGUUCAUUCAGGGUUCACUGUUUACAUGGCAAGUUGUACACAAUGGAAAAAUCAAUUCACUUUUAGCUGAUCCUACAGUACCAUAUUGAUGACUGGUGCCAGAUGUAAACCCCACCGUGUCUGCAGUAGUGUUUUUGAAGAUAGCAGACGGAACCAUCAGUCACUUACUCUGUAGCAUCCAUAUGUGUAGGAAAGGAUAUGCAUAUUGACUAUGUUGCUAGCACCUUAAUUGAUGACUUAUACUAACUUUAUGACUUUCUUGGGUUUGUUCAUAUGGAACCAGACACAAUCUAAGUUAGUCAUGUAGUUACAUAUCCGUGGUUUAGUUUAUACUGAAACUGAAUACAUAGUACAUAUUCUGAUUUAUUUCUGAAUUGUGGUGUAACUUUUUCAUUUCUGGGGGAACUGGUUUAUUUCUGGUCAAAAUGAUUAUGUCCAAAAUCAACAAAGGAAAAAAAAAAACAUAUUUGCAGCUAUUGUGUGUCUAAUAUUCAUUAAUGUAUCAGAACAAUCUCUGUUCAUAAUAUAUAAGCAUGACUAUAUUCAGAAAAUGAAGAGGCUGACUGUAAUUACUUAAAAAAUGCAUGAGUAAUAAGUCCUUUUAAUUUUAACAAAGAUCAUUUACAAUUUAUAUCCUAAUCAUUAAAAUUCUGCUCAUAUUUAAUGAAAUCCCAAUUGCACAACAUACUGUAAACAUAGCAACAUUUAUUUAAAUGUGUUUUACUUAUAUGUGAUAUAUGUAAAAUGAUUAUAUCAUUGUAUUACCAGUAUGUUGUUUAUGAUAAUCUUGCCCAGUAUAGCAUGACAGAACCUACAAAAACCUUUUUAACAAUGCACCAUUUAGUAUGCACAGACUGUUCUGAAUACUGCAGUACUCCAAAUGCAAGCAUUCAGAUUUCCUAAAUGUUCUAACUAUAAUAAUACAUUGUGCCCUAUAGCAAAUGCAGUACAGGAGGGUGGUUUAGUUCAGAUUGCCUAUUUAAAUUAAGAACAACGAUUUCAAAGAUAUUCAUACGUGUCUGCUGUUGAGAUGCAAUAACAGUAUUUAAUAAGGUAUUGUGUUCAGGGUAAUUAGAAAAUGUUUUGAUUGCUGGAGCGAAGAGGUUUUAAAAUGUAAUUAAGUCAGAACUAAUUGACUGAUAAAAAUGAAAAUUAACUGUUCUAAACCAUUGUUUGUUAACAACAACCUAAAUUGUUUAACCCUUUCUGGUCCUAUGUCGGACCUGGUCCGACAUUGCAAUUAUUCCUAUCAGGUCCAAUGUCGGACCCUGUCCGACAUCAUCAAAAAGACGCAAAAAACGGGUUUUUAGUCGUUUUUUCUCGGAAAAAGACGAGAAAACCAUUCAAUGGCCGAGUGGGAGCGACAGGAGCCGAGACAAGCCGAAAAAAACAAACAAAAAAGGGUGUAUCUCAUGAAUAGUCAUACUUGCCCCUGGCAUCUGAUAAUGGAGGCCAUAAGGAAACAAGCUGGCUGUGACUGCAUCAGCGCUCAGAGAAUAUCACAGACAUUUGCAGAGCUUUUUUCAGAUGUUAUAGUAAUAAAAUAAUGACUUGGAUCGCAUUAUUGAGGCGAUUGGUGAUAAAACGAGUGAUCAGGAGAUGAUUGAUCGGUAUGUACAACUAUUAUUAUUAUUAUUAUUAUUAU